UGCCCGCAGCCUGUGUGCUCCCGCCGGCUGCGGAGAAUAUAAAUAGUAAAGGUUAAUUAGUUAGGUAAGAAACUGGAGAGGCAGCAGCGCGCUACUCGAAUUCGAUACGCGCACAGGUAACUCAAGCGUUGCUCAUUGUCUGCGGGGCCGGACCGUAUAUAAGGGCACUUUUGGCGCUCCGGCGGAAACCACUUAGCCUUACUUGUGUGUGGAUCAGCGGCUCGGCGGACACGUCCACGCGGUAAGUACUGGCGAUCCCGACACACGACACGACACGACACGACACUGUCCCGAGAGGGAGUGGGAGAUGCGCCGCGCGCCGGGACCCCCCUGGGAUGCCUGGAUCGCGCGUGCCGUCGCAGCCCUAACGCAGCACUUUGUUCCGAGACGCGUAGCGUUUCGCGAUCAAAACCUUAUGGAUUAAUAUGUCACUCACUUCUAUCCUUUCCGCUGAGGCCAUUGAAAAUGCUAUUAAGGACUGCCAAGCUCCAGACUCCUUUUGUUAUAAAAAGUUUUUUCAGCUGUGCGGCUUGAGCAAAAAGAGCCCCAAGGAGGUGCAGGAUGUUUUCCGUAUCCUGGACGAUGAUGACAGUGGUUACAUUGAGGAAGAAGAGCUCAAGUUCUUUCUUCAGAAGUUCUCCCCUGGUGCUCGCUUGCUGACUGAAAAAGAAGCCAAAUCUUUACUGUCAGCUGGGGAUGAUGACAGUGAUGGCAAGAUUGGGGUGCAGGAGUUCCAGACUAUGGUUCUAUCCUGAAAUAAACCAAAGAGGGUCCCUCUCCAGUCAUGGAACAUACUUUAGCUUCCAUUUUAUUUGCUUUGGAUCUUUGAUUGUUUUUUCAAACCACUCUCCAAUGCAUGCUCAUGCUGAUUAAUUUUUAUUUGUCUUUUGAACACAUUUUAGAAAUCUGUGAUAUAGUGCUACCCCAGUGUACCAAUAAA